UAAGAUUGUGUAUACGCAACAUAGUUGAAAAAUAGAAAGACAUUUGUAACAGAGAAAAGAGUGAAAUACAUGUGUAACAAAAGAGGUCAGCUUGCCAGCAAAAAAAGAAUUAUAAUAGUAUUAUUCUGGGUAUUAUUUAACUUGGGCAAGAUAUUCCAUCACUUCACAUUAAUUUUCCAUCUCCUAAUAAGUCACCAGUUCGGGUUUCUCUUCCUCUCGGGCCUCUCCUAAAUAACUGUCAAACGAUGUUGCUUCUAGUUAUGGUUGUCUGUUUAAUAGGCUAUCAUGUCUACAAGUCCAUAAAACCUCCGCCACCAAUUCCGCUGCCGGAGAAUGUUUCUGAGAUAUGUUCAAGAAUUAAGCUCAAUGAUGGGAGAUAUUUAGCCUACAGAGAAUUAGGGUUUCCAAAAGAUAAAGCCAAAAAUAAAAUAAUCAUCAUCCAUGGUUAUGGAAGUUCCAAGUUAGUAGAUUUAAAAAUCACACAGGAAAUGAUUGAUGAAUUCGAGAUAUACUUCUUGCUCUUCGAUAGAGCUGGUUAUGGAGAAAGCGAUGCUCAUCCAUCACGAACAAUAAAAACGGAUACAUACGACAUCGAAGAACUCGCAGACAAAUUGCAAAUUGGUCCAAAGUUCCAUGUCUUAGGAAUGUCACUCGGAGCUUAUCCAGUUUACGGCUGUCUCAAGUACAUUCCUCACAGAUUAAGUGGAGCAACGUUUGUGGCUCCCUUACUGAAUUUUUGGUGGAGUCGUAUGCCUCAAAACCUAUUGAGUGCAGCGCUCAAGAAAUUACCAAUUGAGAACCAAUGGACAUUUCGAGUUGCACACUACCUUCCGUGGUUGCUAUAUUGGUGGUUGACGCAGAAAUGGUUUUCACCGUUUAAUCUGAAUCCCCUAACAACGAUGACCGAGCGCGACAUAGAACUCGCGGAUAAGCACACUAAACACUCUUAUAUCAAGGAAUCCGCUCUACGACAAGGCGAAUAUGUGAGCAUGCAACGGGACAUCAUUGCGUCUUUUGAAAAUUGGGAGUUUGAUCCAACCGAAUUGCUCAAUCCGUUUUCAGAUGGUAACGAAGGGUCGGUUCACAUUUGGUGUGCACUCGAAGACAAACAAAUUUUGCGUGAGGCUUUACUCUAUAUAUGUGAUAAGCUGCCAUGGAUAAAACUUCAUCAAGUCCCAGAAGCUGGACAUCUUAUUAUCCAUGAGAAACAGCAUUUUGAAGAUAUUAUCAAAACCGCUUGUAGUUGAAUGAAAAAAAAAAAAUCUCCACUAUAGUUUGUCAUGAAUCGAUUUGAUAAAAAUAUACUGUAUGUUUGAUAUGUCAUGAAUCGAUUUGAUAAAAAUAUACUGUAUGUUUGAUAUGUCAUGGAUAUUUUGAUAAAUCAAAGUGAACUGAUCUAC